AUGGAAAUUAGGUUACUGGAAGGCUACCGGAAAAUAUAUGUCCGUCACAUCCCUUAUGUGAUGAAGCGCUGCGGUAUAACAUUAUCCCCAGGGCUCCAGGUCCGAGCUGUUAACCGUCGUGGUAAAGGAGGCUUAGAUAAAUUUCACUUUAUGGUCGUUGUUGGUAGGAUUGAGUGCCGCGGCGUGGCUCUCUUCGCACCAAUUCCCUCGUUGGCACUUUGUCCAGGUUGGCUGAUGGCGCUGGCACUGCGGCUCUGGGGCCCGGGAUUGGUGAUCGACUGGCUGGAGGACACCGGGUCUCUGCUGCCCAUUCUUGAGGAGUCCGCGCCACCGGCCUUACCUAUCCGAUAUGAUGACGAAGGAGGAGGAGGAGGAGGAGGAGGAGGAAUAGGAGGAGGAGGCGCGUGGGCCGAAGGAGGUGCAGAGACUGUGCAUCUUCCCGGCGGUUGCACGAUCUCCGACGCGCAAUAUAGCCAGUUGCAGGAUUUCAUGAAGACGCCGAGUAUUGAGAAUUGCAUGUGCAACAAAGGCGAGGUUGUCUGUGCUGUGAAGCUGUUCAAGACCUAGUACAGCGCUGAGAUUUUUCUGCAGAGGCGAUAGUGUGCAAUAUUUCUAAAUUCUUUUUAUGUUGUAGGUUUUCAUUAUUGUCAUUAUUGCUAUUAUUUCCGUCAUCGGUAUUGGUUGUAGUUAUAUGAUUCAUUAUUGUUAUUAUUAUUGUUUUGCUUCAUUAUUGACAGAAUUAUUAUUGUCACUAUUAUCAUUAUUCUUAUUGAUAUUCUUAUUAAUUAUUAUGAAAUCUCAUAUACAUGAUGCUUGAUGGUUUACAAUGAUUUAGUUCUGUAAAGGUCAGACCACUGCUAUUGUAUAUUAGAUGAACACCUAAUGUUUGUUUCUUGCAAUGACUGACGAGAAAAAGGUAUGGAUGGAAAUCGAUAAUUCCAGAAUGCAAUAUUAUAUACAAUCACAAUUUACGCGAUAAUGUAAAAUCAAAAUAUUAAUUAGAUUUCUUACAUUGUGGAAUUAUUUAUUCUGAUCUGUACUUUUUUUUUUUUUUUUAGAUUUGUCACAAUGGACGCUUUUCAAGGAUUUAAGUCAUGUUGUUGUAUAUUAGGAACAAGUGACGAGCGAGAUGCCUCGAGAAAAAAAAAAAAAAACAUUUUAACCCAGCGA